AUGCGGCUAUUUUCUUUGGCAGUUCUUGCGCUCUCUGUAUGUGUUUCAGGCGAAACGCAUCAGCUCGAAGCGGUGUUGACCGAUAAACUGGGUGUAACAAAUACGAAGCUUUUGCUUUCAAACGUUAAAUCGACGAAGCCAGAAGCCUCGUUGGAUUUUGACGGGUCGAUUUCCUUCCCCUGCGUUGUCAGAAUUCCUGCGAGCAUUCAGUGGGACGAAAUCAGAGCUCAAAAGUACAUUUCGACGACUGUUUACGAACCCGGCAGACUCGAUAUUUUGACCGACUCCGAAGGCAACUUCCUCUCGAUCUCCAGCAAAGGUGACAGUUUCCAAGGACCAAACAGCAUCUCCACAACUGUCGAUAUCUCCACGAUUCCUGCUGGCCCUGUCCCAGAAACUCAGGCUUUUCUUCAAAAAGUAGAAAAAGAGAAGAAGGAGAAAGAAAACGCUCCACAAGGCUCGUGGUUGUCAAGAAAUUGGAUGUACGUCGCCAUCGGCUUCUUCGUCCUUGUCAAUCUCGGAGGCGGACAGUAA